GCCGUUCAGCUCCCUGCCUGACAUCUGGCAACUCCGCCAGAACUUUCCACCUUUUCCGAGACGAAAAAGAUUUUUAAAACCUAUUUCCCCAGGGAAGUACCCCAAAUUGCAGUUGGACUUUAUGAGCCUGCUCUAUCGGCGACUCGGAGCUUCCUUGAGGGGCAUUCCCCGGACCUGCCACCCACUCAGACACCCAGAAACCAGACGACAACCGAGGGACCCUUCGGAAACCAAGCGAUUCUACGCCGGCAAAGCGAUGGGCUUGAAGUACCUGAACCAAAAGGAGGCCAUCGACGUGGACCAGGAGCUGUUCACCGAGUACAGGUUCAGCGUGGACCAGCUGAUGGAGCUGGCCGGCCUGAGCUGCGCCCACGCGGUGGCCAAGUGCUUUCCGGCGGAGAAGCACCCGCGCAUCCUCGUCUGCUGCGGCCCCGGGAACAACGGGGGCGAUGGCCUGGUGGCCGCCCGGCACCUCGCCCUGAUGGGCUACACGCCCACCAUCUACUACCCCAAGCCCACGGCCAAGGCGCUCUUCGAGAACCUCAGCCACCAGUGCCGCCGGAUGGAGAUCCCCAGCCUGGCGGAGUGCCCCUCGGUGGAGGGGGCGGCCUGCGACUACGACCUCAUCCUGGACGCCCUCUUCGGCUUCAGCUUCAAGCCGCCGGUCCGGGCGGACUUCGUCGCCGUCGUGGAGCUGCUGCAGCAGACCCAGCUGCCGGUUGCCAGCGUGGACAUCCCCAGCGGCUGGGACGUGGAGAAGGGCAAGCUGACCGAGUGCGACCUGGAGCCGGCUCUGCUCAUUUCCCUGACGGCCCCGAAGCUGUGUGCCCGCCAGUUCCGCGGAGCACACCACUACCUGGGCGGCAGAUUCGUGCCCCCGGCGCUGCAGAGCAAGUACGGGCUGGAUCUGCCCCAGUACCCGGGCAACGAGCUGUGCGUCAAGCUGUGAUCUCCAAUCCAAAUCUGCGGUUCCAAGCCGCUUUUCAUGCUUCCGAGACGGAAAGUGGGUUUGAAAAGUGACUGGAGAAGGUGGUGGGGCCAAAUAUAUAAAUAAAGCAUUUACCCAUAAAACCAA